CGGCUGGAGGCAGACGGCAGCAGAGAGAGCGGAGAGGGAGCAAGGAGGAGAGCAGAGCCGCCCAUCAGCUGUGCGUCUCAGCCAGAUGAACCAGCACCGACGUGGCCGCGGACCCGGCUCUGUGCUGGGCACCCAGAGCUAGGGCGCAUGAGUUGGUGCCGCACGGCUCUGCACGCGACCUCUCCUCCACAGACUCUUACUUUUUAGAUUGACACCGUGUCGUCUCAUUAGUUCCACUGUCAUAAUGGUGCUGGGCAAAGUGAGGGCCCUGGCGAUCUACUUUGACAGUUUGAAUGAGAACAACCUGCCGGCGUUCUCCGGUGGAGAGCUGGUGUCAGGGAGGGUGGUCGUGGAGGUCACCGGGGAUGUGCGGGUGAAGAGUCUGGACAUAAACGCGAGAGGAGUCGCCAAGGUCCGGUGGACCGAGUCGAGGAACGCCGGAGCCAACACGGCGUACACUCAGAACUACACCGAGGAGGUGGAGUACUUACACCACUACGACACCUUGAUAGGAGAGGAGAGAGAUGAAGAUUGUCCAGAGGAAGGUCUGACUGUCCUGCACGCCGGCCUCCACGAGUUUGCUUUCAGCUUCAACCUGCCUCAGAUGGCUCUGGCCACGUCUUUUGAAGGGAAGCACGGCAGUGUGAGGUACUGGGUGAAAGCUGAACUGCACCGUCCAUGGCUGCUCCCCGUGAAAGUCAAGAAAGAGUUCAUUGUGUUUGAACACAUCGACAUCAACACACCACUGCUGCUGGCUCCUCAAGCUGGAACAAAGGAGAAGACUCUGUGCUGCUGGUUCUGUGCUUCAGGCCCGAUCUCCCUUAGUGCCAAGAUUGAGCGAAAGGGCUACACACCAGGCGAGUCUAUCCAAAUCUUUGCCGAGGUGGAGAACUGCUCAUCCCGGGUUGUGGUGCCCAAGGCUGCGCUGUACCAGACCCAGACCUUCUAUGCCAAGGGCAAGGGCAAGCAGAUCCAGCAGCUGGUGUCCAAUCUGCGAGGAGACCCCCUGCCGCAGGGGAAGAGCCAGAGCUGGGAGGGAAAACUGCUCAAAAUACCUCCGGUGUCCCCGUCCAUCCUGGACUGUCCUAUCAUCAGAGUGGAGUACGCCCUCGUGGUUUAUGUGGAUGUCCCGGGGGGCUUGAACUUGUCUCUCUCGCUGCCGCUGGUGAUUGGGACCAUACCUCUCCACGCCAGCAGCUCCCGCACUUCCAGCAUCAGCAGCAACUGCAGCACUUUGACAUGGCUGGGCCUGUCGCAGACACCUGAGGCACCACCAAGCUACAGCGAUCUGUCAAUAUCAGAGUCCCACAGGCGAGACUGUCUGCAGGGCUGUGAUAGGUCUGACGGGGAGGGAGAGGACCAGGGAUCUCUGCUAACUUAUAUCACAGAGUUCAGAUAUCUUCCCCCGCCAGUCUACUCUGAGGUUGACCCUAACCCAGACCCUGUGGAGGUGUGUGGGGCCAUGGAUGUCAGGAGACCUGACAUGUGUCCAUCCCGCUGAGGAGAGCUCUGAAGCUCAGAAGACUUCUGCCCAAACAAGACACCGUCGCCGUCAGCUCCCAGGCCCACACAGCCAGCUUCUCGCCAGAUUAUAUACCACGUCAAAUGAGGCUGUACCCUCCCUGACACGGGAAUGUCAGCUGAGAGAGUAUUAGGUGACCACUGACGAAUGGACCAGUGAUGUUGAGCCAUCCUCUAUAUCCUGUGCUCAAGUCGAGGCAAAAAAAGCUCUGUCUGACAACACUGUAUAUGUCUUUCAGAGUAAGCCUCCUUCUGCCUCACGGUGAAUUUUGCACAUAACCGAAAAGACUGUUUUUCUAUCAGUGGUUCUAUAUUGAAUCUGUCCACAGGUCUAAACAAAAGUGUACUCCUUGAACUAAAAGGCACAUUUAAAAGAGGACAGAAGCUAUUUUCAGUCAAAUGAUAGUUUGAGCUUAUGACUGUGGCCUGAAGGCGUCACAAACCAGACUUCAGGUGGAAACCGUUGCUUCUUGAGAACAAAUCUGAAACUCACCAAGAGAUUUCAACAAAUUAAAAAGCAGAGGCCGAGAAAAUAAGACAGGGGAUGUUACCGACGAUAAGUUGCAGAAAUGCAUCACGUAAACGACCACCUCGAGCAAUUCAAAUAAAGCUCAAAUUGUGUGUGAAAGUGUGUAAAUGAGAGAGUGUGUGUGUGAGCGUGUGUGUGCUGGUUUUACUGUCCAGGUUAAACAGAUACAGGCCCGAGACAAAAGCACAACUCCGACCAACCACGAUAAAAUACCACAAGUUGCCUGUAGGUUUCUGCUCUGAGCUAAAGCUUCUCUCGCUAUAGAUUAUUUGCAAACGUGGAUGCUAAGAAGCUUUGGGCUCGCAAAGACAAUGGCAAAGUGUAAAAGAUAAAUGUUUACAGAUGAAUAUAUCAAAUUGAGAAUGUUGUUCAAACAUGACUUCUUCCACCUGAAAUUUCUAACUACCAAGUGCAAUAUAUUUUUGUAUUUGUGUUUUUUUGCACUAGUUUUUCAUAUACUCUAUUGCUGUUUAUUCCAUUUCUGUGCAUUAUAUAUUAUUGUCAGGAUCAUAUUGCUGUCAUGAUCAACUUUUGAUAAAAUAAAGGGGUUUAUUUUAUAAAAUAA